UACAUGUGACACUUGCAACCAAGUAGUCCACAUGCGAGCUUCUGUACGUGUGGUCUCGGUUGUCCUACUUUAUUUGAAAAGGAGUCGAGACAGAAAAGAGUAGUGAAUAAGCCCACGGAAUAAUUACACUACUGUCCUCACACAGAUGGGGAGGUAGGUGUAGCUCCGCAUAGAUGGGCUCUGGUAGCAACUACAUUGACGUUACCCAUCAUCUUAACAACUUAAGUCACUGAUCUUUAACUAGCCGCCUACUGUUCAGUGGGGGUCAUGUUCAGCGCCGUUUCUGUGCACAGAUGUCUAAAACAAAUGCAAAACCUGCGAUAUCUUUGUCGUUUCUCCACCUGUUCCAUGUUGUCGGGAACUCACUCACGUAUCAAAACCACACAGCUUGGUAUCGCAAAAAUGGACCUCUCGACUUCGCCCAUCUGUGAGUCUGGCGUCGGCCAAAUGGACCUGGGUAGCCGAAUCAAGCGUGUGUCCAUAGAGGGAAACAUUGCGGUGGGGAAGUCCACGUUCGCACGGCUUCUACAAAACGUGUGUCAGGACUGGGAGGUGAUUCCUGAGCCAGUCAGCAAAUGGCAGAAUAUCGAGGGCACAUCCCAGGAGACGUCGGCGGGUAACCUGCUGGAGAUGAUGUAUGCGGACACGCCGCGCUGGUCCUACACAUUCCAGACGUUCAGCCUCCUGAGCCGCCUACGCACUCAGCUUCAGCCGCCCCCCCCACAGCUGCUGCACUCCUCAAACACACCUGUGCAGGUGUAUGAGCGCUCCGUUUACAGUGACAGGUACAUUUUUGCGCUCACUAUGUUUCAGUUGGGCUGCAUCAACGCUGCGGAGUGGGCGGUGUAUCAGGACUGGCACUCGUUCCUUCUAGAGCAGUUUGGGGCGCUCGUGCAGCUGGAGGGCAUCAUCUACCUCAGAGCCCCACCAGAGACAUGUAUGGCACGGUUAGGGAUGAGAGGGAGAGAGGAGGAAAGAGGGGUCAAGCUGGACUACUUACAGAAACUGCACUCACAGCAUGAGAGCUGGCUAAUGGACAAGACCACUGUGCUUCACUCAGAGAAGCUGAAGCAGCUUCCUAUAUUGGUGCUCGAUGCAGGGGUGGAGUUUGAGAGCGACCCAGAAGUGCGGGAGAUGCUUACCACAAAGGUCAAGGAAUUCUUCAGGUCAUUAUGACCCCUCCCAAAAGCACUGGUCAAAAACAGAAUGCCCUCCGUACUUCAAGGAGUAGUGAACUUUUAAAUUAUAAAGACAAUGUUUUUCAUGUUGAUGAAUGAUGUUUUGCUUAGUUUGUCUUAGUUUGCUAAAUCAUGUUCAGAACAACAUGUACAGACUCUUUAUUCCAUGUACAUAUAUAAACAUUGUUUUAUUUAUUUGAAAGGUUUAUGUCUCCCAUUUGUUUUUAGUUCCUAGAAAUUAGAUGGGCAUCGCUUAUUAGAAUUCCAUUAAAUACAAAAUUAAAAAUCACAUCAAAAUCUUCUCCUGAUCCUGUGUGGUUUGACCACUGGUCAUAUUAACUGCCUAAACAACAUUUUCAUCAACAAGUUGGUUUCCUUGGUAAGAUGCUCAACAAUACUUCAUACAGUAUCAUACAGACCCUUUAAGGCUUGAAAUAAUUGAAAACCCUCCAUACUGGAAGUUGUCUAAUGGAGAGACACUUACAUUUGAGAAGUAGGCCAUCGGACAACCCUUGGUAGACAAGUGUGUGAAUAUGAUGAUUGGAGACUGGUAUAGUACAUCUUGUGUGAGUUCGAUGAAUGGAGACUUUGUAAUGUCCAACUGUACGCUAAUAAAAGCGACAUUCCACAACUGUGGAUGUUGUUUUUGCGGUAAA